CGCUGCGGCGCUGAGCGCGGAGCCGAGGUCGUCAUGAGCCGUGUCCUGUGUGCCCCCGCCGCCCGGGCCGCCAGGGCGCUGAGGCUCGUAUCGUGGACCGCCCAAAGCUUGCACUCGCCGUCCAGGGGUCGGGCUCAGGCCCGACCAGUGGCCCACGGGGAGGAAGAGGACGACCGUAACGAGCCCAUUCAGUUUUCCUCCAGCAACGCCAACCCGUCUCGCUGGACGGUGGCUCAUUCCCUGGGGAAGAUGCAGCAGCGGCCCUGGUGGAAAGUGCUGCCCCUGAGCUUCUUCCUUUUGGCCCUGGUCGUCUGGUGCUACCUGCGGCAGGAGAGCAGCACGGACGAGUGGCUGAGAGAGGUGCUGGGAGAAGAGGCAGAGCCCAGUCUCGACCACGAGGAGCUUGGGCCUGGUAACGAGACGAGAACUUAGAGGAGUGCCCGCUGGCAGGAAGGGAACAGGCACAGCCCUUCGGCUGGGGUGUCGCGCUGGACGGUUUCUGGCCAGCACUGCAGGCCUGGGCGAAUGGCGCACUCCGCCACCGCUACCUGCCCGAAGAAGGGGCAGAGUCUUCACCGAAUGAAAACCGCGCCUUAUCUAACAGGAUACCCAGUGAAUCCGUCCGGGACUCUUCAGAUACAUAGGAAACGUUUUCAGUGUUCAUGUGUUUGUGUAGUUUCACAUCCCCAGGGCCAUUCUGGUGACACUUUGUCACCAGCGUUGCUUUCAGAGGCAGAAUGCUGAGGAGCAGAACCAUACUGACACUGAUGUUCCAAAACUCCCUGCCAUCGAGUUGGUUCCGAUGGACCGAGGCGUGCAUAAAUAAGAUCCACCGAUGCUUUACACACCGACACACCAGAAAUAAAAGUUUAACUUUUCCCUUCUGAAAACCGGAUUUUAAAAAAGGGUGGUGGAGAGAACGGGUUAGUAGGGAAACGACCAUAUUUAUCCGUUUGUCUUUUUCAUUUUAAUUUAAGAAGCGAGGAAAGAAACCUCGAUGAUCCGGUGGCAUCAGAAAUAGCAAACCUUUUUAGCAUUCUGCCAAACUUUGUUUCACAAGGUAGCAUCUCUCUGAUGCAUAGAACCAAUGAGUCCAUUCUUUCAGGAAAUUAUGGGCAAUGCCUUGUGUUGCCUAAAUGACUUUCCCCCCCUCUAAGUGACUGCUUACUAAAGCAAAUCGGCUUAACUCUGAAAAAUAAAAGAUUCGUGAGGGGUUA